AUGUCGUCAGCCAGACCUAGAGUGAUACCUUUAAAGGCGCCAGUUUUGCCGAAGCAAACUACGCCAGAACAGCGGUACUGGAGACAGUAUUCGUCUACUCAGCUCGUGAAGGAGCACAAUGCGGUGACGCAUGUUUCUUUCAAUCCACAACAUCCACACGAUUUUGCUGUUACGUCGUCUACUAGGGUACAAAUCUUUUCUUCGCGGACUAGACAAGUGAUUAAGACGUUUUCGAGGUUCAAGGAUGUGGUGUACUCUGCUACGUUCAGACAGGACGGUAAGCUUUUAGUUGCUGGUGAUGCGACGGGUCUUGUGUCUGUGUAUGACAGUUACAAUCCACGUACGUUGCUUCUUUCUAUACAGGCGUCUUCGCAUCCUACGCACGUAACCAAAUUCCACGAUCAAGAUAACAAGACGUUGGUGACGGCGAACGAUGACAGAGUGGUGAGGUUAUGGGACGUUUCGCAUGCAUACGAGCCUACCCUGCAGCUUACGGGGGCAUCUGAUUAUGUUAGGUCAGUGUGCUUUGUGCCCAAUGCUCCGCAUAUGGUGGUGACUGGGUCUUACGAUGGGGUUGUGAGACUAUAUGACGUUAGAAGUAAAUCGGAUAAACCAACGACAACGCUUGAUCACGGACUUCCCGUGGAGGACAUUACAGCCAUUUCUCCUACACAACUGGCGUCAUGUGGUGGUAAUGGGUUUAAGGUCUGGGACUUGACUAGUGAUCGGAUUAUUUGCGAAAGACAGAAUUUCGCCAAGACGGUGACGUGCUUGAACUAUACGAAUAUGGACACCGAGUCUCCAAUGAGCUCUGUGCUUGUGGCAUCGUCGCUUGACGGGCAUGUCAAGAUUUUCUCUCCGCUAGAGAACUUCGAGUUCAAGUUUGGCUGGAAGUUCAGCAACGCGGUGCUAAGCUGCGCUGUUUCUCCUGGUGAUGCUCAGGGAAACAAGCAUUUCGUGGCGGGCUUGUCAUCGGGUAUACUAGCUAUUAAGACAAAGAAGAAGUCGAACAAGAUAAAUCUAGCCGAUGUGUCGUCCUUGGACGACUUGCCAUUGCAACAGCAGGAAAAAUCUGCUAAAUCGAAUAACUUCCAAAGAAUGAUGAGAGGGUCCGAAUACAGAGGUGAUUUAGAGCAUAUUAUACAUAACGAUAAACCUAACCCACAGCGUAAGCUACGUCAAUUUGAGAAAUAUAUCAAUCAGUUCAAGUGGUCUGACGCAUUAGAUUCGGCAUUCAUCCCUGGUAUGGCUAAAGAAUUAACUCUUACUGUGCUACAGGAACUAAGGAAAAGAGGUAAGAUCAAGGUCGCAUUAUAUGGUAGAGAUGAGAGCUCUCUGGAACCAUUGUUAAACUGGUGUCUAAAGGGUAUCGAAGACGUCAGAAGCGCACCAAUCGUCGCCGAUUGGAUCGCUGUAGUCAUUGAACUAUAUGGCAACGAUUUGGAGAAGUCGCCCGUACUCGAAGAGAUGGUAAUAACUUUAAAGAAAAGAGUAAGGGAAGAAAUCUAUAAAGCCAAGGAAGCACAAAAAAUAGAAGGUAUGCUCCAGUUAUUGACGAACUGA